CGCUAUCUACAAGACGUUGGAGUGAGAAGAUACUGAUUGCUGAAGAAGAACAAUAGACGACGCUGAGAAGAUGUAUAACAGAAGAAGCGAUUACAGAGGCUACGAGACCGGUGGCUGGGAUGAGAGACGAGAUAGAGCGCGUGAAGAUCGGAGGGAUAGGAGAGGUGACGAGAGAAUGGGGUGGUCCGAUGAUGAGCAAGGAGGAAGGAACCAUGGAGGAGUGAGGCAAAUCAAGUGUUAUGAGUGUGGUGAGUUCGGGCACUAUAAAAGUGAGUGCCCGAGGCUGCAAGGAAGAAUUGGAGGAGGAGGAGGGGGUUCUGGAGUCACUCUAAGCAGAGAGUUGGAGGAAUCGUUGAGUUCCGUCGAAAAAAGAGGGGGAGUUACUGUUGAUCAGAAGAAAGAGGAGGAAGACGCGAGACGCGGAGUUGACGAAAAGAAGAGAAAGGAAGAUGAGGCAAAGGUGGCGAAGGAAGAAGCAGCGAAGGCGGAAUACGAGAAGAAACAAUGGAAAGCCGAUAAGGAAGAGAAGAGGCAACGGGAGCUCAAGAAGCUGUUGAUCGAACAGAGACAGGAAUAUCAGGAGCACCUGGACAAAUUAGCUACGAAGAUGAAGAAUGCGUUCGUCGGGAAGAAGAAGAAACGAAAGGCGACUGCAAUCGUCUCCUCCAGCUCGAUGGAGGACGAGGCCUCUGAGGAGAGACGCCGCUUAAAGACAAGAGAAAGAGGAGAGAAUCUACUGGUGUGGUGGUGAACAGCCCACCUGUGGAGACGCCCCUAAAGAUGGGAAAGCAGGAAGAAGCCUCGACUCCUACAAGCUUAAAGACCAAGA